UCACUCGAUUACAAUCGUUAUGAAACGAAUUGUUGAUAAAAGAGGAGUAAAUAAGAAAAUCUGCUGUUAUGAAUAAAAUUCACAUCAAACAAUCGUAUAAUUUAAAGUGAAAUAUUAACGCGUACAAAAGAUGUCAACAAAAGUGGUGGCUACGGCGACAGUGCGUGCACUGAAAGGACGCAAAUUGUUGCCGACAAGGGCAGCUCUUAUAUUGACAAAUUCCGCAGUAAAUCGCAUUAAAGAAUUAUUGAAGGAUAAACCCGAGUUUACAGGUUUGAAGGUAGGAGUGCGGCAGCGUGGAUGCAAUGGGCUUUCCUACACGCUGGACUAUGCAAAAGGAAAAGAUAAAUUCGACGAAGAAGUUGUACAAGAUGGUGUCAAAGUGUAUAUUGAUAAGAAGGCUCAAUUGUCUCUACUGGGCACCGAAAUGGAUUUUGUCGAGUCCCAACUAUCCAGCGAGUUCGUUUUUAACAAUCCUAACAUAAAAGGAACGUGCGGAUGUGGCGAAUCAUUUAGCUUCUAAUUACUCGACGGUCGUUAAAAUUUAAGCUAGCAGUUUAGAUUUCAUUACUUAGGAACUCGUAUAUUGUCUGCUUUAAAUUAGUUUAAAUUUUUCGGUUAAGUACUAGUUAUGAUUAUGUUUUGUUUUCAAAUAUUUUGAAACAUAUAAAGAUAUUUAGACAUGUUAGCUGU